AUGUGCCUCGAUGCAUAUAAAUUAAAAGACAAUAACGUGCUCCAGUGCGCAUACGACGGCGCCUGGCAGGGGAAAAGACCGGAAUGCGUCGAAAUCACAUGUGGUCCGCCGCCUGUGUUUGACCACGCGUUUACGUCAAUGUCGGUCGGUGCUGCUAUCGGUAGCGAGGCCACAUUUGUGUGCAACGAGAGGUAUUAUCUCGUCGGAAGUGCCCGCGCCAUAUGCUUGGCCAACAAGACGUGGCGCUACGAAAACGACGUCCCAACAUGUAGACCAAUAGACUGUAGGCCGCCGCCAAAAGUGCCCCAUGCUAGUAGUACCUUUACGUCAACGUUGUACGAAGCGCUUGUGGCUUAUGAUUGUGAUCUAGGAUACCGCAUGGCGUCAGGGAGUCAGCUUCGAUGCAGUUCAGCCGGCACGUGGGUGGGUCCGUCUACAAAGUACGAACCUGUCACGUGCGGCAAGCCACCGAGUGGGGAACACAUGACAGUGAUUGGAAACAGCUCUACUUACGGCAGCGCGGUGUCCUACCAGUGUGCCAGCGGUUAUGAACUAACGCACGAGAAGAAAUCCGUCUGCCUGGGGACUGGGUCGUGGUCAGUCUCCUCGCCGGCGUGUCUAUGCAUGCGAUGUCAACAGCUGCGCAUCCCCGAGAACGGCAUAACUGUUAACGGCCACUUCAACACGCACAACCGGUAUGGCGACCGUAUCGUCCUGGGCUGCGCGAACGGGUACAAAAUGAUUGGGGAGGCGAGUUUGCAAUGCAUGGAGAACGGGAGCUGGAACAACGGGCUGCCCACGUGCAAACCCAUAUACCCUGUUUGUCGCAAGCCAUGUGCCUGUGGAGGGCGCUGUGUGGCGCCCAACAAGUGUCUGUGCAACCAUGGUUACAGUGGGGCCUUCUGUGAGAGCAAGAGGAGGGCUUAG